CAUAAAUUUAUGUAAGAUUACAGCAACCUACAAGUACAUAUGUACAAAUAUAAAUAUCACCUCUCUUAGUUUGAAAUAAGAAGUAUGUAUAUAUGCACAUAAUAUAGUUUAUACAAGUAUGUAGUAUAAGAAGAAUAUAAUCAUAUAUAGAAAAACACAUUUCUUAAGCAUAUAGUAAAAAGUAUAAGCAGUACACGGGGACAGCACAAUCUACAGUAUCUUGCAAGGAUUAAGUGUAUAAAUCUAAUAUUUUGUUUUUCUAAGUUUUAUACAUAACCAACGUAGAUAUGAAAAAUGAAAAGGGAGAGUAAAUACAUAAUUCGUAGUUAAACGAAUGUUAUACGUUGAACAAGAAAAAUUUAUAGCAUUAAGAAUUAAAAAUUACUUUCAAAAUGGGUACUGUAGAAUAUGGUUUUCCAAUGAUCGGUGGUUUAAUGCCACAAAUUCAAGCUCUUAUAGCACCACCUGUAUCAGAAGAUUCUAAAACAGCAAAAAAUAAAAAGGACAAAGAAGAAAAAAAGCAUCCGUAUUUUAAAAGAAGAGGACGUGGCCACAAUCAUGAUAUCUGUGAUGCUUGUCGAGAUGGAGGAGAACUUAUAUGUUGUGACAAAUGCCCUGCAUCAUAUCAUUUGCAAUGCCAUUAUCCAGCAGUGGAUCCAGCAGAUAUUCCUAAUGGAGAAUGGUUGUGUUAUGCUUGCCGAUGUGCAUCAAAAAGAAAUCUGUUAGAUACUAAAGGAAAUGAAAAGAAUAAAAAAAAAUCUGCAUUAGAAGUAUUAGCUCUGGCGGCAUCUUUAGUUAAUCCCAGAGAAUUUGAAUUGCCUAAAGAAUUGCAAUUACCAAUUAUGUUCCCUGGUAGUAAUAAAGUAGAUUAUGUUUCAGGUAGAAGAGGAAAACAACAAAGUGGAAGUAAUAAUGGGAAAAGUCACUGUUUAGAUAAUAAUUUAAUGGUACCUUUACCAGCACGUUUGUGCUUUGAGUGUGGUCGUAGUUGCAGAAAAGCACCAUUAAUUGCAUGUGAUUAUUGUCCAUUAUAUUUUCAUCAAGAUUGUUUAGACCCACCACUCACUGCUUUUCCAAUUGGAAGAUGGAUGUGUCCUAAUCAUCCAAAUCAUUUCAUAGAUCAAAAUUUAUUAACCUCAUGUAGAGUGACAGAACGUAUUAAACUUUGGGAUAAAUAUGCCAAUCAACGUAUAGAUCAACAUGCAGUAAAAUUAGAUUUUUUACGUAAAGCGCGUGCUGCAAAUCCACUCUUUCGAACAAAGAUCAAAUUAGAAGGUCGAACAAGAGUAAAGGUACCUUGUUCUGUAAAAUUUCAUUAUGAACACCCACCAGAAUUAGAUCCUGUACAAUUUUAUCAUGAUGCUGUCAUAAGACCAGUGAUUAAAAAUAUUAAAGUGCAGGAUGUGGAAGAUAAUGAUAACAAACUCCCUAAAGUAGAAAAAGAAAAUACAAAAGUGCAAAAAUUGGAAGAAUCAAUGGAAGUAGAAAAGGAGAUUGAAGAAAACAAUGAAAUAAAGGAUGAAAGUAAUCAAGAAGAUACAAGUAGCAUUAAAUAUGAGGAAAAUGUGGAACAAGAAAAUGUAACUGAAAGUAGUUGUAAUGAUGACAUUAGUACUGAAUAUUAUUCAGAGAAGUUUGGUUAUGAUGUAAAAGAAGGUAUACAGUUACUUGAAAGACCAGUUUUAGAAGCAUUGGCAUUACAACGAUUAGAACAAAUUUUAGAUCCAGAUGGAGAAAAUUAUAACAUAAUUAAUUGCCAAACAAGGGCUAGAGCGGCAUUGUUUUCUUUAAAUCACAAACCUAAACCACCAACUUUUAUGGUUCAUAAAACACUUACUAUUGGAAGUGGACCAAAUUGUGAUUUAGUUUUAUCUAAUUAUGGUAACUGUAGCUUUACAUCUUCAAAACACGCUAUUAUUUUUUUCGACGAGAGUACCAAACGUUAUGAAUUAUUAAACUAUAGUGAAUAUGGAACAGUAGUUGAUAAUGUACUAUAUUCCUGUAACUAUACAGGCGUCGUAGAAGAGAUAAAAGAAGAAACUGAUGAUAAAUUCCAAUUAAUAACUAAGGAACAAGAUACAACAGAAGCAGUAAAGGCUAUAAUAAGAGAAAAGGUUCUGACUCAAAAACAAAUAGAGAAGAAAAGAGUAUUAUGUAAAUGUAACUUGACAAGGUCUGAAACAAAAAAUAAAGAUCACUUAGAAGAAGGGUGGGAAGGAAGUGCUAUUGUUGCUCACGGAUCGACACUGGCAUUUGGAUGCCUAAUGUUUGUAUUUAAUACGAUAAAUGCACAUUUAGAACGAUGAA